GUCCCUUGUUAUGGUGGACCGAUUAUGUAGACCGCUGAUUAUAUAAAAAAAAUAUUAAUAAAAAAAAAUAGUUAUUUGAUAAUUUGGGUUGGGUCGGCUCUGUAUUUGAUGGUCAGAGAUUAUUAACCCGGCCCAAUAAAACGGCCCAUUUACAGAUCUGAAGAAGAAAGAAAUUUCACUUCAGUGUGAGAAGUUUAGGCGGGAAAGCGCCAAAAUUUCACAUUGAACCCUCGAAAUUCCCCAGUUGUACGAUUGCGUCUCUCCAUUUCCCAAAUUGAUUUCACCGUAAAUUUUAUCUGCCGAAAAGUUAGCCCUUUCUCAGAGCAUGGCCGAAUCUCUCCGACGAACGGCGGCGAUUGGAGGAGAUGAGCUGGAUGACGACGACGUAAUGAUAACGUCGGAGUUUCCGCCGACGGGGACGACGGACGUCGAGCCUCUCCGUGAAAAGCUCCGGCAGCGGUGGGAGUUAGCCUCGGUUCUGAAUUUUCUUCACGUAUUUGAGCCGCUUAUCGGGAGUGAUCUGAAGAUAUCUGCCGAAGAAGUAGAAACCUCACUUAUCGAGCAGAACAAGACACUUGCUCAUCUUCAUAUAGCGCUUUUAAAGGGAAUUAUUCAAGAAAGCAAAAUUUUAAAGGGCCCUGAUGCCUGGAUGAUUUCUCUCAGUAAGACACUCUCAAAGUGGUGGCCUUGGGUCGCCGAAGGAAAAUUUCCUUUAACUGGAGCCAAAGGGGAGGAGAUAUCUCUCUAUAAGGAACUUGAACCAACAACUCGUUUACUUGUUCUUAAAGCUCUCUGUGAAGUUCGAGCCGAUCAAUAUGAUGCUGUAUCUUAUAUCAAUGAUGAAAUUAAAAGUUGUUCUGAAGUUUCUAAGUUCUGCAAGGACAAGCUUGCAGGAGAUGAAAAUGGAAUUGCAUUCUGGUACGAUGGAAACGAAACUAUUGGUCAUAGGUUGUACAAAGAAAUUCACGUAUUCAAAAAGGAGCAAGGCAAGUCUAAGGGUAAAGUACCAGUGAUUAAUUCCAAAUGGGAGACCCUCGCAACUAAUCUUGAAGAGUUCAAGAAAAUUGUGGACGAAUAUUCAUCUAGUGAACUUAAAUGGGAGGUUGAUGUUAGCAACUCUGUCCAAAAUGAUGUUAUUCCUGUUCUAGAAAAGGAAUGGAAGAAGAAAGAGAGGAAACAGCACCAACAACAAAGACAAAAGAUGCUCUUGAGAGGUUUUCGAAAUUCUGGAAUAGCUCGAUCUUGCCGUGGUCACAAGACUAUUGAUUAUAGAUUUGAUGACUACGACAGAGCCAUUACAGAGGCCAUACAGUAUGCAAACAAACGGAAGACUAGUGAAGAGCCAAGACAGAAAGAGAAACCAAGCCAGCGUGGAAAAAAGAUGGAGACUACCUCAAAUGAAUCUAACAACUCUGACCAUAGUUCAAGAGAUAAUGAAUCCACUGAAAGUGAUGUCAAGAAAAAUAGUCACGACGAAAAAGAUGCUGCUGCUGAUGAUUCCAGCGAUGAAGAAUACGACGAAGAAAAGGAAGAUGAUGAUAAUAAGGAUGUUCUUACAGGACAAGUAAAAGUCAAAAACAUGAUGUUGGUCCAAAGGCCUAAAGGGUCCCGCUUCAGUAAUAGGCUAGCUGGAAUUCCAGGUCACACUGUACCGGAAAGCAUGGAUAUAGGUGGUGCAAAGAACAGGUUACGGCAAGGGCCUCCCGUAAAUACUGCUGCUGAUUCUGUGGAUUCAGAAGAUGAAAAAAUCACAUCCUGAAUUGUUUAUAAACCAUCAUUCCCUAUGAGAGAAUUUCAUGCUGCAUACAGGCUUUUGUGGAAGUAGAUACUUUUGGCACAGAUUUUGAAGCCGUUAUCCUCGUCUUAUCUCGUUUUGUGACGAGCGUUGAAAUAGCUAACUAUUGGCAAUUUUAGCUUUAAUUAGGAUUCAUCCAGCCUCGGGGUUACUGAUAUGUUAAUACCUGGCUAUUUCUGGUUUAAAGUUCAUCACUUUUGUCAAGCAGUUCUACAUGUUUCGAAGCCAAUACGUGAUGUUUUAUUUA